AGAAAAGUUAUCGCACUUUAUGAUUUUCAGAGUGAACAUCAGGGAGAUUUAAACUUCAGAGCCGGUGAAGUGAUAAACGUACUGAAAGAGGUUGAUGAUGAUUGGCUGCUGGGGAACAUUCACAACCAAACAGGAAUUUUUCCAAAAAAUUUUGUUUUCUAA